CCAAUAGGGGGUGGAAAAUAGUAGAUACCGGCUGAAGUAGUCGAGAUGCGUCAAAACUGGCCCGAGCACCACCGUUAUCCCAAAAAAACAAAAGAAAGGGGAGUGGAAAAUGAGACUAAAAGAAGUAUUAUAAGAAUGUAUAACAACAUAAACAAUUUUCCCCUUUAUGAUUUGGGAUCAUUUAAAAUAUGCCUAAUAUCAUCAAACAUUUGUAGCCAUUUUUUAAAAGAAAAAGUGACACCACCAUCCUCUUUAAAAUGGCCCUCUUCACCAGCAUUUGCUCUCAAAACUCAAACUUACACUUCCAAAGACUCACAAAAACAUAGUAGUAAAAAUCACCAUGGAAAAUGCAGAAAUUCUUUGUUCGUGUGACACUGUAGAAGAAGAUUACAUAGACAUGGAAGUUAGUCCAAAUUCAAACUUAUUUUCUCAAUUCAAAAACUCCCCUUCUCAAGCUAGAGAAUUUGAAUUCCAAAUGUUUCCUAAUUGUAUUGAUAAAGAUACAACAACUUCACCAGCUGAUGAACUAUUCCAUAAUGGUAAACUCCUCCCACUCCACCUCCCUUUUGGUACAACACAAAUGGUAGAGAAAUUACUUCAAAAUCCUAAUAAACCUGUUUAUGGAACCCGAAAAAACGAUGUUUUUGAUGAGUCUUUUAGUACCCCUUUAUUCACAACAACUACUAAUACUCCUACGAGUAACACUCCGUUUGAAUCCUGCAAUAUCUCUCCCGUUGAGUCCUGUCAAAUUAGCAGGGAACUCAAUCCGGAAGAAUACAUGUUCGAAUAUUCAGCAGAAGAAACUAACGUAUUUCCAGCAGACGACGAACAUGCAAAAAAGUCAUGGAUGAGAAAACUCAAGCAAAUAAAGACUUCCUCUUUUGGCUCGAAAAUUAAGUCUUCCCGGGCUUAUCUUAAGUCUUUCUUUUCUAAAUCUGGUUGCUCGAACGAGUUUGCUUCAAAAAACAUCGACAAAGGGCCUUUCCCAAUAGCUAAAGAAGCUAGGAAAGAGCCAUUUGGGCAAAUUCAGAGAUGUGGUGCAAAUUCAAAAGGGAUCAAAAAAGAAAAUGAUCGCGAUCAAGAUAUGAGAGGUCGACAUAGAAGGUCAUUCUCAGGAGCUAUUAAGAGAUUUUCAACAGCUAAAUCAUGUUCGGCUUCAUUUUCAUCGUCUACUUCUGGCUCCUCAUCAGCUUCAAGCUCGAAUAAUUCGAAUGAAUUUCAAGAGAUGCACUUCUUCAAGAGAAGCAGCAGUGCAUAUUCAGAGAUAGAGAACUCAAUUCAAGCAGCAAUUGCUCAUUGCAAAAAUUCUCAGCAGCAGUUCAAUUCAAGAAAGACAAUAAGUGAUAUUGGAGUUUGUUCAUUGUCAGCUUCUGAAGAGAUCAAUGAAGAACAAGAAAGACCUGGACUCUGCAGGGGAUAAAUUAUUUCCUUUUUUUCCUGUCACUGUUUCUUCUUUUACUAUAAGGUCUGGUGGAAGAAGUAGAAAUGGACAAACUUUUAAAUUAUCUUGUUAUAUGAUACUUCUUUCUUUCACAGUUUUUGUGUAAUAAGCCUCCAUAUAGAUUAGCAAUUCUCACAAUGUGACCAUAAAAAUUGCUAGUACUUCCAAAGCUCAACUUUGUUAGAAAAUUUUUGACAAAUGCCAAAUUCUAGUACAUUAUUCUACCAGUUACUUGCUACUUCCAUCAGUACAGGUACCGGUAACUUUGUCUAUUAAGAUUUAGACAAUUGGAAGAAAUCACAUAAUUCUUUUUGUCUUUGCUAAAAUUUGAACCCUAAAUGAACUACUUCAUGCAAAGAGUCAAUUUGAACCCUGAAUGAACUACUUCAUGCAAAGAGUCAUUAUCUUGAUCAUUUACAUAUGAAAUAAAAAAAUAUUUUGUCAUUACGAAGCUAUGUUGCUCGAACUCUUCGAAAAUACCAUCAUAUGUGUCGGAUCCUCCAAAAGCUGUCCAUUUUUGGGGAAUCCGACAUGAGUGUGGCAGCAUUUUUAGAGAGUUUGAGCAGCCUAACCAAGAAGUGCAGGGAUAUGGAUGAGAUUAUGAGAUUCCUUCAUAUUUAAUCAAAGGUCUUGAUUUGAGUUCAAGAAAUGGAGAAGAUCGGAGCAAGAAGCUUCCCCUUUUAAAAGGCCCUACUGGCGCCAAUUCGAAUUAGUUAGUCCAAUAAAUUUUGAAUACUUUGAAUACUGAAUGAUUGAAAAAAAAAAGUACUCUUAAUAAGAACUAUCUUGCCUUUUUUUUUUUUUUUUUUUUGGUUCCAUUAAUGGAGGGGGAACUUGAACCCCCAAUAUGAAGGUAAAGAAUCUGACUAAUAAAGAGCUAUUUUGAGCAUAAUGCAAAAAUAAAAUACAGUGUCGUGGUUGUAUUUGUCUUUUGACUGCUACAGAUUUUUUUUUAAUAUUAGAAAACUUCAACCUUAAGUUUUAACUAAUAAAUUGCUAGUGCUAUUAGUUUAAUGUGUAAAUUAAUGAAGCUAAUGAUGAUUUUAUUUAGAAAAAGAAUCUAUGCAGGCAGAAGAAAGAUAGUGGCUUAAUGGUCCUCAAAGUACAUCAAUAAUUAUUUGAAAUAUAAUACUCCCUCCGUUUUAAUUUAUAUGAACUCAUUUGACUGGCACGACAUUUAAGAAAGAGGGAAGACUUUUGAAACUUGUGGUUCAAAAUAAGCCUUGAAAAUUUGUGUGGUUGCAAAUAAUUCAUAAAGUGAAUUUGUUUUUAAAUUAAAAAAGAGAUCAUUCAUUUUGACAUGGACUAAAAAAGAAAUAUGUUCAAACAAAUUGAAACUGAGGGAGUACGUGAUUCCCUUUAUACUGGGUCACUUUACUUAAUUGCUUUCUGUUUUAACCCAAACUCAAAGAUCCAAACCAUUAGUAAGUGACUUUUUUGGUUAAAAAAAAUGUUUGGUGACAUUUUUCUGAUACUGAGGAAUAGUUCUGAUUCUUUGUUAUGAAAACAAAUUGUUUAGUGACACUCUAUGAUAUUCACACAAAGUUGAAUAAUUUAUUUAUUACCAAAAAUAAUUUAAUAAUUUUCGUGCAAUAAAUAAAAAUUGAAUGAUCAUCUAUGGAUUAUGAGUAUAACAACAUUUUGUUUAAUACAUAUUAUUUCAUACUAUCACAGACUCAUGAUAGCAAAUCUUUUUGCUUAGUGAAGGGAAAUGUCCGACUCAUGAUAGAAUAAUAAAAUAUUACAUUGUGAGGUCAUUCUAAUCAAAUCAAGGAAAUUAAAUACCGAAAAGAAUCAUCAAAUUUGAUUGCAAAGUCCACUUGUGUGUCACUCAAGAAUAGCUUAGUCAUCUCACUUUAAAGCUAAAUAAAUUGUUCCAAUAGAAAAAAGCUUGAGGAGGACUUCUUUUUAAUUACAUAAUGAAGGAAUAGGGAAGGGCGGAAGGCAGCAGAAAGAGAAAAGGGAAUGACGGUAGUAAAAAAAUUAUUGAUACCGGUGUUUACAUUAAAUCAUACUACUUUAUCUACUUUAUCAUGGUUAAAUCAAAAACUAAAGUUAAAAAUGUAUUAAUUGACUAUAAUUUAACAAUAAGAAUAUGUGAACACAUGUAUCAUGUAUUCAUUGAGUAGAUAUAACUACGAGUGCAAUGAGUUUUUACUAUGGGGGAGAAGGGUACAGUGAUAGUUGAAUCCGUAUAUAUUGUGCAGGAAACUUGUCGAAUCCUAUAGAUUCCCGUAGUUCUAGUUGAGUUUCCUCAUUGUUUUCCAAGACAUUUCCUUCUAAGUCAUUCGGAAUUAUUCCAUAUAAAUUUGGAGUGCAAUGUUGUUCUUGUUCACUCUUCUCAUAGUCGAGUCAGUUCGUAACUAUCCUUACUGAGAAAAACUAGUUCCAGAGGCAUCUUCGAUUCGUAUAAUUUGAAUUUUGUCCACCAUAUUUUGAUCUGCCUAUUCUCCGAUUCGUAAUUCCUAGCAAAUCCUUAUAGCAAUUUGCUUUAAACAUAGAAAGUAAGGAAGACUAUAUUUUUUUGUUUUUAGAUAACCGAGAAACGCAGGGAACCUGUAACGCACUAUUCAAAACUAGGUGAGAUAAUGGGUUUGCCUUUUACCCUCAUCCAUUUAAAUACCGAGCUUGUGUUUGCAGCAGAAUUCAAACCUGUGACAUGCACCUAAUCCACACAUCAUGCUUUGCGCGCUUACCACUGGACCAAAUCCUUGGGAGCAAGGAAGGCCAGAUUUUCAUAAACAACUUUCCUUGCACUAUUAGGAUAAAACAAAGGAAAAAACAUAACCUUUUCAUUUAUUUCUGUCUGGCAGAAAAGAAAUGUUGCUUUUUGGAGAAAAAGAAAAAUCAUCUUUUGAAUUUCAAGUGGGUGUAUCGAACCCUUAAACUAAGUGAGCCAGACAAAAAAUAGACCCAAAACAAAACAUUAUUGAAAAGAUUCAUUGAUGAUGUUCAGCACUUAGGGAUAAGUAUAACUAUAUUACAAGAAACACUUUCACCCCACCAAUUUCCCUCAGUGUUUAGAGAAUCAAAUAUCAAAAAAGCUUACUAAAAGUUGUCGACUAAGUUCUUUUUUUUUUUUCUUCUGAAAAUUUUCUUUUACUCAAUAUUUUUAGAUCAAGCAUCACCACUAGUUUCUAGAUUUCAUCAUACUCAUAAAAGCAAAGUAACAUCUAAGAAAUAUUUGUAAUAUGAUCCUUUCAAUUACCAGAGGAUCACAUACUUUCAUUUGAGAAAUGGAUCAUCGGACCAUGCACUGGUACUUUUGCGCUAUAUUGCUCAGACUUUUAAACAAUACCGGCGGAUACGUGUCGGAUUCUCCAAAAGUAGUGUUCUUUCGGAGAAUCCAACACGGGUGAACAACUUUUUGCAAGUGUUCGAGCAAUAUAGCUUUCACCCUAAGCAUAGAAGCAAGUUUUCAACUUUUAUUCUUUUGUCAGGGUGAAACGUCACCUACAUGAGUCUCACAAAGCAUUAACUAAUGCAAAAAAAACCUCCCUCACACCCGAUAUUUGUAUCAACACUGCCUUUGUGCGCAUACAUACAUUAUCACGUGCUUAUUCAUCUGGUGUAAACAUUCAUGUGUGUAAUAUUUUUCCAACUAACUCUGUAAAAGGGGACGACGGUACGUUGAUGACCACUAUAAAUAUAAUCUAUCUAUGUGGAGUUCUCUCAAUAAUAGUGGAAUGGACCUAAAUCAGACAAUGAAUACAUAAGAUUAUUAUAUAGCUGGCCUCAACUAGUUUGAGAUUGAAGGAAAACUAUUUUCUUAAUGGUGAACUGAAAAAGGGGGUCUGGUUUGUUAAAUUAUGGAACUCCCUAUUCAAUAUUUACAUGCUAUGAACGGAAAUCAUCAAAGAUGUAGAAUAUCCAGCUACAGCCACUUCUUCCGGCCAUUAAGGUAUUUUAAUGAAGAAUCCUUCAAGUUCCCAAGCCACAGUCUGUAUACUUCCAAUGUCAAAACAUUUUUUUUGGUUCGUGUCUCUAGAGCGUAUCAAAGAGUUGCUAUAAAUAUCAUUUUACUAGUGUGCUCUCUAGUUCAUCAAGCAUUAGUACAAUUUAUUGGUACACAUAUCUAUAUUAUUCCUUGUUUGUCUCAAGAAGUAGGACUAUUAGAUGAAAGAAAAAAGAACUACGGGCUCGAAUCUCCCUCAUUGUACUUUAGUAAAUACCAUACUGAGCAAGAUGAAGAACAA